AUGCAGGCAACGGCGCGUCGAGCCAGCGGAGGUGGUCGUGGUGUCGGAGCGGGGAGCAGCAUCGGCGGUGGAAAAGUAGUCCGUGGCGGAAAAGCGAAAGCCCGACAUGGCGCGACGAAUGGUACGAGCAACGGUAGCAACGGUGCGGCGGGUCUGGGCGGCGGGGCGGCGACCGCUGGGAUGGCCGCCGUCACCGCCGCCGCGGCCAAGGAGAAGCCACCGCUCAAGACGCACGAUAGCUACGAGUCGGACUCGUCCGAGCAGGUGUCCUCGUCGGACGAGGAGGAACGCUGGAAGGACUCGAAGCUAUCCAACGACGUACCGUCCGAGUACUGGCACAUCCAGAAGCUGGUGAAGUACAUGAAGGCAGGCAACCAGACGGCCACCAUCGUGGCGCUCUGCUGCCUGAAGGAUCACGAUCUGACGACGCAGAUGAACCAGCGUGCCAUCCAGGAUUGCGGCGGGUUGGAGGUGCUCGUCAAUCUGCUCGAAAGCAAUGACAUGAAGUGCAGACUGGGAGCGUUGUCCGUCCUGUCCGAGAUCUCGUCCAACCUGGAUAUUCGGCGUGCCAUUGUUGACCUAGGAGGUAUUCCGCUGCUGGUGCAGAUAGUGUCGGAACCGGGACGUGACCUGAAGAUCAUGGCGGCCGAGACGAUCGGGAACGUGGCGAAGGUGCGGCUCGCCCGGAAGCUGGUGCGCAAGUGCGACGGCAUUCCGCGGCUGGUCGAUCUGCUGGACGUGAACAUGAACUGCCUUCGCUCGCAACGGGAUCAGCUGUCCGAGGAGGAGCGGGAGAUGCUCGAUAUGGCGCGUGCGGGAGCGCGCGCCCUCUGGUCACUGUCCGAGUCUCGCCACAACAAGGAGCUCAUGUGCAAGAGCGGCAUCGUGCCGCUGAUGGGCAGACUCCUGAAGAGUGUCCACAUUGACGUGGUCGUUCCGACUAUGGGUACCAUUCAGCAGUGCGCCUCGCAGGCCAACUACCAGCUGGCAAUCACGACCGAGGGGAUGAUCUUUGACAUCGUCUCCCAUCUCACGUCCGACAACCUCGACCUCAAGCGCCAGUGCAGUUCGGCCAUCUUUAAGUGUGCCAGCGAUAAGACCGCCAGCGAUAUGGUGCGCGAAUCGGGCGGCCUGGAACCGCUGGUAGGUAUCGCCCGCGACAAGACGGUGCGGGACAACAAGCAGCUGCUGGCGGCGGCGACCGGCGCGAUCUGGAAGUGUGCGGCCAGCGAGGCGAACGUGAAGAAGCUCGACCAGCUGAAGGCGGUCCAGGUGCUGGUGCAGCUGCUGAACGACGAGAACGAGGAGGUCCUCACGAACGUCGUCGGUGCCAUCUCGGAGUGCGUCAAGUACCAGAACAACCGGGAGAUCCUGCGGACCUGCGGCGGCAUCCCGCUGCUCGUGAACCUGCUCAACAUGACGCACGCGCCCCUGCUGGAGAACAUUGCCCGCACGCUGAAGGAGUGUGCAACGGAUCCUGAGAGCAUGACGCUGAUGGAGGAACUGGACGCCAUCCGACUCAUUUGGUCGCUGCUGAAGAACUCCAACCCGAAGGUGCAGGCGUACGCCGCCUGGGCUCUCUGUCCGUGCAUCCAGAACGCAAAGGAUUCAGGUGAGCUGGUGCGGAGCUUCGUCGGCGCGUUGGAGCUGGUGGUCGGUCUGCUCAAGUCCCGCGACAACUUCGUCCUCUCGGCGGUCUGUGCGGCGAUCGCUACGAUUGCCAAAGACCGCGAGAACCUCUCCGUGCUCUCCGAUCACAAAGUCAUCCGGAUGUUGGCUGACCUGGUCUACACCACGGACGAUCUGCUGCGGGAACAUCUGGCCGCGGCCAUCGCUAGCUGUGCGCCGUACUCUAUGAACACACAGGAACUGGGCCGCCUGAAGACGGUCACCCCGAUCGUCGGGUAUAUGGUCAGCAAUAACCCGCGGGUUCACCGGACGACCGCGAUGGCUUUACAAAAGCUCUCCGAAGAUCCGCAGAACUGUAUCACUAUGCAUCAGAGUGGUGUUGUGCCGUUCCUGCUCGAAACCGUCGGCUCCAAGGAUCGAGAGCUUCAGGAAGCUUCGGCCGGGUGCUUGCAGAACAUCCGAAAGCUCGCGCUUCGUGCGGAGGAGCUUGAGCUUUGUGGUGAAUAA